UUCUCACUUGAGUGAUCAACAGAAUGCUCCUUGGCAAAGAAAUAGACUUUUUCCCUGCCCCUUAAAAACACAAACACAGACACAUAGAAAUGUGCAAAGGUCAAUUUUUGAAGCAGAUGGCCAGGAGAAAGAAGACAUAGAGGAAACAGCUGCGUGCAGAGAGAGAAAUCUGUUCAAGUCUCUCCACUGUCUAAAGAAAGGAAAUAAGAGAACCGGUGGGUAAAAUCAGCUCUCAGUCAGCUGUCCGCAAGGCAGAUGGAUUUGUCAUCAUUCCUUUGCUCUGAAGGAGAAUGAGCAACCCAGCUGGAGAAGUGAGGCAGCUAAGGAAGAAGCAGUACCAGUUUGUGCCUAUCACACUGCCAAGUGUGAACAUUCAGAAGGAACCCUACUUCAACUGUGCUCUCUCUGGAAAGUCAAAUCUUGUGGGUCUAGUAGCCCAACAGCAAAGAUCUCACCGAUCUGGACAAAAGGUGUCUCUAGGACAAUCCGUAAGAAGAUGCUUCUCUAAUAGCCCCCAGGUAGGGUCCUCAUGGGGUCAAACCCUUUUGGGUUCCUUCCUGCAGCAAAAGAGCAAGCAAAGCCUUGGGAGAAGAUGACUGUCCAUGAAAAGAGCUUUUCUAUGCAACUUAAAGAUUUACAGCAUCUCCAAGAAUUUACUUCAUACUCCAAUGCAUGAAUCCAACAAGGACCCCUUUCUUGGACUGUGUAAAAAAACUAGCAACGUGUUUAUGAGUGAACAGAGGAGAAUGGACAGGCCUGAAUAAGCAAUGACUGAACUUGUUUUCAGACACCAUGGAAAUUUUACUGGCCGUGCUCACCCACACCCAACAUUGGCUACAGAAGCAGCAAUCGCAGAUAAGUAUUCUAACCUGUAUAUGUACGUGGGGCUGUUCCUGACCCUGCUAGCCAUCUUGCUCAUUCUUCUGUUCACGAUGCUUCUCCGCUUAAAGCAUGUUAUAUCUCCCAUCACCACAUCUCCAGAGAGAACAGAGAACACCCAGGAGUUCACAGAUGUGGAAAUGCAUACCAGGAUUCCCAGCCCUUAAAAAAUGGGACACAAUGGGCUGCACAGAAACAUGUGAAGAUGCAUCUUUUGGUUCACUGAAUGCAAUGUGGAAAUAUUGUCCACUAUUGGACCAGCUGAAAACGGUCCAGGCAAAUAAGGCUUUAAGACAGCUGAAGGCUGCAAUAGACAGAAGCAGGACCAUGGGGGACAAGUAUGGAGGCAUACAAUAGACACAGGGUUAUAGGUUGAGAAUCAUUGUUAACAAUCACAGAAUACAUUCCUUGAUCCAGUUCUGGCCCAAAGCAAUUUAUAGAUUUUAAUAGUCUGGCUUAGAUUUAUUUUAGCAGCUCUGUCUCUUCAAGUCUUAUCUCAUAUUUUCAAAAGAUCAUCACCAUCAUCUUCAGUUGGAAGAGAGGCCCUAUAGUUUUGCAUUUGGAACUACACUAUUAGUUAGAAGGGUAGUGAUCUUGUUGAAUGAAGUUGCUUUGCAGAAUCUUCUGGAGGCCUAAGGUUGAUGUCAAGUUGUUCUCCAGGCUCCUAAUGCAGCAGGACUGCUUUGGGAUUCAUGGACGGAGUCACAGGAUGUGGAGAAUCUAACCUAAAAAAAGAUGGAAUAUUAAAUUUCUACCAAGUUUUGCUUAUCCUUAGGAGUUGCAGGGGCACUUGUUGUGAUGUUUCAUGCAACCAGCUGUCAUGCAUGCAAAUAUAUGCAAACUGGUAAGAUACAUUUACAUAAUAUUAAAAAACAACCCAAUCCUCACCAUUUUCAUUGAUUUCAAAAUGAAAGUCUGGGGCAGUUUAUACUGGAUAUGUUUCUUUGGUGAAUUUCUGGAUAAGCAUUUAUUAAAAGAUUAUAAUUUCUA